CCUCCUCGGUGUAUGUAUGUCGUCGUUAAGGCAGCCUUCUCCCACCAUAGGAGUUUCAAGCCAGUAAGACCGUGCAGCAGUUCAUGAUAUUCCCUUGCUACUUGAUAGAGAAGUUGCGUUUCACAUAUUCCGCAAAAUUUUGUCUUUAAAAAUAUAGUAUGGGAGACGUUGGUGCAUCAAACAGCGUACAUUUGUGCCAAAUAUGCAACUCUAUUCCAUCGAAAUAUACCUGCCCCAGGUGUAGCAUUCCAUAUUGUUCAAUGCAUUGCUAUAAGUCUACAUCACAUUUCAAUUGUUCAGAAGAAUUUUACAAGGAAUGGGUAGAAGCUGAAAUUAAAUUUCAAUCAAAUGGUCCCGAAGGGAAAAAGAUAAUGACUGAAAUUCUCAAAAGGGUUCAUGAACAAGAUACAAAUCCAUCGUUCAAUGAAAGUGAACCAGACGUUGAUGGAUUAUGUGAGGAACUCGAUUCAGAUGACGAUGAAGAUGUAUCUGAUUUGGCCGAUCGUAUUAUAAAUGUUAAUCUAGAUGAUGCCGAUGAGCUUUGGGAGGUUCUCACCGAGGCGGAACGUCAAGAAUUUGAAGCUCUACUCAGAAAUGGCGAGGAAGAAAAACUUCUACCCCACUGGACACCGUGGUGGUCACCAAAGAAUAAUGAGAAGCAUUUAAUUAAAGAGGUUGAUGAAAAUGAAAGGAUAAGAAUGGUUGAGAGGUGUCCAAAGUUUCUGGAGAUCCCGUACAUAUCAGCGGUAGAGAAAGCCUCGUUCACUGUUUCCUUCAAUCUUUUAAACGUACUGUAUUCGUAUGUACUCAUGGUAUUUCAUUAUGAUGGAGAUCACCAGCAUUCAGCAAAAGAGGCAGUCAGUAUGUUUCUACAACUGUGUGACAAUAUUCGGGGUAAUAAAGUAUUCGAUAAUGAAGAAUCUGCACUGGAUGCUGUCACCGAAAAGGCUUCUGAUCACCAACUAUUAAGUGAUGAUGAGGAAAACGUCAUUAUUGAUCAUCUGAAACAAGUAAUUCAGGGACCAAGUACAGCAGAACGGAGUUUUUAUAUGUUGGCUGCUGCAUCAGAUCUUCAUCACUUAUUCACUGAAGCUAAAAAGGAAUUAUCCAGGGCGAAAAUGAAAUGCAUCAAUGUCCAAUUUAUUAAAAAAUUUACAAACCGCAUCGAUGAGCAGUACUUGGAUCUCUCAAAGAAAUCCAUCUCAUUGUACUUGAAAAAACUCGAAUACUACUUCAUGUGGAUCCGUAAAUAUGGGGAACGGAUGGUUGAAUCCAAAAUUCUCCAAUCGAACUGAUGACUAAAAAUACUUCUUAUUUGUAUUGAUGAUGUCCAAAUACUUUUCGCAGCUUGGUACCAAGUGCAUUAUGGCUUCAGACCUUUUUAGUUAUCAAAUUUAUCAAUUAAAUUGCGUGAGAGAAAUAUGAAAAAAUUAUUCAAACUGCCGGAAAAUGUUGUGCAUGUAAAAUUGAUUUCUAGUAAAACUUUGAAUGUGGACAAAUUUGUUAUGAUUAAAAAGAAAUAUUUUUUUAAGGUACAAAAGUGAUUGUUUAUCAAUGAUUCAUGAAAACAAAGUUUUCAUUUUAGAAAAUUACAAUCUUUCACUUAUUUUAGAAUCUUUGUUCCCAAGAAGACGUUCUAAUGUUUUCAAACUUCAAAAAAUGGACUGCAUUACCCACAGGGAGCCCUUCUUCCUUUUCAUGAAUUACACUCAUCAAGAAUACAGUAUCCUCUGUUCUUCAUGGUCGAUCCUCUUUUGAGGUUACAUAAAAAAGGAGAUAAUUUAGAAAAAAAUUGGUAUAUAGUUUGCAUUGAUGGUGCUAAUGUGUCAAUGAGAAGACGGAUAUAUUUUUUUUUGUCUCGACAAAAGUUCGAUUAUCUUGGGAUAUGAUUAAAAUUCCUUUGGCGCCACGAUUUAAAAUAUGUUUUCCGUACCAUUUAAAAUACUUUAAAAUUGAAAUAAUUUAUCUUGGAAAGGUGGCGCCAGCUCCCGGUCCCACUGGGCUUAGGCCCUUGCAUAUAACAUAUAUUCGUUAUGGGGAGACUAGAUCUUGCGCAUGCGCGGAUCUGCUCUCCAUCAGGUUGUAACUUCUGAGAGUUCACUCUACUGCGAGACGCAAGACGUGUUGUCGCCAAU